GCACUCCUGCUCCAACAUGUCACUGACCAAGUCCGCGUAUAACCUGCUCUUCAGGAGAACCUCCACCUUCGCCAUCACCAUCAUGGUCGGGGCGGUGUUUUUUGAGCGAUUGUUCGAUCAAGGCGGAGAUUUAAUAUUUGAGCAAAUGAACCGAGGGAAACUUUGGAAACACAUAAAACACAAUUAUGAGAAUCAAGACGAAGAGUAGGACUCUGCUGGAGGUUAUCCCAGGCCAAGCAAAAUGCCAUCACACUUUAUUCUCCACGGACCUCACCGGGACCUCACCUGGACCUCACCUGGACCUCACCUGGAUCACACAGAAAACAGACUGUUGUGUGUCAUGUCCAGUGGAAGAUGAAGAUUACACAAACAUCAGACAUGAGCAUUUUCUUGGUUCUGUCACUUUCAGUGUGAUACAGAUUGUGUUAUUCUUUUGUUUGUAACUUAAUUAAAUGUUUCUGUCUUAUGAA